AGCGUGAUCAUUGGAUUUCCCGAACCGACUCGACUCUGUGUGCUUACAGUCGGAGCUCCUCCGAGCAAUUGUGCCCAGAUCAAAGGCAGAUUCUGGGAGGUCACGCCGGGAUAGAGUUGGACUAAAAUGCAGCGGGGCAAAAAUGGACAAUAUUUUUGUUUGCACGCAGAGUAGGUGACGAAGGAGGAAGAGAGAGACAGAGAGGGAGGGACACACAAACACACACACACUCACACCGAAAGAGGCGAGUCUUCGCUCCAUCCUCACUCUGUGGAUGUCUCCACAUCAUCAUCAUCAUCAUCAUCAUCACUGGGGGUUGCUACUGUGUGACAUUUCGCUACGUUCAGCUCCAGUUGCGUCGUUUAAGCUGUAUGGUCCUGCACAUGGACAGGACGACACACAUCGCUAAAGAAGAUAAACUAAGCUGCACGUUGAACACAGAGAUAUUCCCUGCCAUUUGACCGCUUACAAGGAAAUCGCUCGCUUUCCUAUUUUUAUUUACCCUUUUCUUUAUUUUAAUUUUUUUGUGAGCACACGCAGACGAAGGAGAGUUACAAAUGCCAACCAACAAGCCAGGAGGUGUGGCACCGUGGCCGUGUGCCGUUUGUCGCGGGACGUGGACCGGUCACUCUGCUUCUGAAGAUGUGAGGGAAAAAAGGAAGCCAAGAGUCCUUGCAACUUCAUACGUCACACGUGAUCACCGCAGCAACUAAUUGUCGCCUUUAAGUAGCGGACUUUACCUGCGCUCUCGUGGAACUUGGGGAAGGGUGCGCUCCAUGUUUCAUCUAGGACACACCGGUACCGACGGUGCCGGCGGGACGUUGAAAUAAUAAUAAAAAAACACACUUGUAAUAACAAAAAGAGGAGAAAAAAAAAUCAAAAUUUUAGCGGGGGACUUGAGGCGGGCAGCUUCGCGCUGUGGACCGAGUGAUGCCGGACACGUUGAUGCUCCUGAAGAACCGGACAGAGCCACGGCUGGGGCAGCUGGAGCGCAGCCUGCCCGCGGAGGGCACCGCUCGCCCUGCCUGGGUCAUCGCUAUCCUGGCCAGUGUCUUGAUCUUUACCACGGUGGUUGAUGUGCUAGGAAACCUGCUAGUCAUCAUCUCGGUGUUCAGGAACCGCAAGCUGAGGAACGCAGGUAAUGUGUUCGUGGUUAGUCUGGCAUUUGCUGACCUUGUGGUAGCCUUCUACCCCUAUCCCCUGGUCCUUUAUGCUCUCUUCCAUGACGGCUGGGCGCUUGGAAACACUCAGUGCAUGGUCAGCGGUUUCCUUAUGGGGCUGAGUGUCAUUGGCUCCAUCUUCAACAUCACUGGGAUUGCAGUGAACAGAUACUGCUAUAUCUGUCACUCCUUCUCCUACAGCCGACUGUACAGCUACCGCAACACGUUGCUGUUUGUUGCCUUAAUUUGGGUGCUCACUAUUGUGGCCAUCGUCCCAAAUUUCUUCGUUGGUUCUCUGCGCUACGACCCACGGGUCUACUCCUGCACCUUUGCUCAGAAUGUCAGCAGUUCCUACACUGUGGCAGUGGUAGUGGUUCACUUUCUGGUUCCCAUUGCAGUAGUGACCUUUUGUUAUCUUCGCAUUUGGGUUCUUGUGAUUCAGGUGCGACGCAAAGUAAAGACUGAAGACAGCCCUCGUCUCAGACCAAGUGACUUGCGGAAUUUUAUCACCAUGUUUGUUGUAUUUGUCCUGUUUGCAAUCUGCUGGGCCCCACUCAACUUGAUAGGAUUGGCGGUGGCUAUAGAUCCAACUCGCGUGGGUCCCCACAUCCCCGAGUGGCUUUUUGUUGUAAGCUACUUCAUGGCCUACUUCAACAGCUGCCUGAAUGCCAUCAUCUAUGGUUUACUCAACAGGAAUUUCAGGAACGAGUACAAACGCAUCGUCACCUCUGUCUGGGUGACGCGGCUGUUUGUGACGGAGACGUCGAGGGCUGCCACGGAUGGCAGGAGCAUGAGGAGCAAGCAAUCACCGCCCCCGCCGCUCAACAAUAAUGAGUCAGUCAGAGACCGUGCAAACAAAGAAUGAACCUUGGAUUCUGGAGGGUUUCAUGUGGUAAUUCCUGUUUUUUUUAUUUUUUUUAUGUGAUAUCAAGGCAGUUGUGCAGCUAUAGAGUAACAAGAAACUAAUGAAACUGGGAACCGUGGCUUUGUUUCCUAAUUCACAGCAGAGAUUUGAACACUUACGAAACACACAAAGCUUACGAAAGUCUCUGAAGUGCUUUUAGAAUUAGCCCAUCUUUUAAAGCGACAACAAUGUGUGUUGUCGGAGUCGUUCACAUCCACAAAGCAAAAAGCCCAGCAUUGCAGUUUCAUUAUGGAAUUAUUACUCUUGAUAGACUGAUUGGUACUAUAUGAUUACAAUGAAAAUGUGAUAUCCUUUAACUUCUGCUGCUGUAGACGUGUUUCACAAAACUGGGUAAGCACCACUAGUAAACACAUUUUUUAGUAACUUCAAACGCCUCAAGUAAUUAAACUCGCCUCACCUGGAAGCUUUACAAGGAGCUUUUCAUAACAAAGAUGGGAGAAUGACAGAUAGCAAAGUCUGUCAUUUUAUUAUCAGAGUUUUACAUGUUGGCAGUUAUGUGGUUAGAUUUACACUCUCAACCUAAAUGCUGCAGUAGCAUACCUUAUACUGCCUAGUUUGAUCGUCUUUGCACUAAAAUAACAGGAAAAAGAACUUAGUAAAAAAACAACUUAGUAAAUGAAUUCAGGAUAUUAAUUAAAGUUUGUUUGACAAGUUAAAUCUAUCAUCAAGUCACUUCAUAGGUGUUUUUAAUCAAUUUCAUUUUUUAUAUAUUUUGCAUGUGAUGUGGCAUGUGGAGGAAACCGAACUCUUGAUGCUGUUCCAGCCUACAAAACCCACAGUUUUCAGCUACUGUAAUUUGAUCUAUAGACUUAGCAGAAAACUACAUACAGUAAGAGGCAUAAUUUUGUAAAACAUGAUUUAUAUCAUUAUUUGGUUAAUUAACAUAAGCAUGUGACUUUAUUAUAUUUUUUAUUAACUUAUCAGUUUAUAAAAUUAAGUAUAAUACCGCCUGGCCACCAAAAAAAAAAAAAAAAAAUGGUCACACACUAAUAUUUUGUUGGACCGCCUUUAGCUUUGAUUACAGCAAUGAGCUUCUGCAGUAUCACAAGCUGUAUUUUCAUCCCGUGUUGUAUUAAUUCUUCACUGAUUGCACUGACGAUGGUCGAGUCUGGCGACUGCAGCACAUCCCAAAGAUUCCUAAAGGUGUUUGAGUCUGAAGCCUGGUGGCAAAUCCAUGUGUGAAAAUGUCUCAUGCUCCCUGAGAUCUUCUGUUGUUUUUCUGCAAUUUGAUUUCACCAAACGCCGAUCGUGAUCAUUCCGGAUUUUUUUCCCAGUCACAUUUCUUCCUCACAGACAAUGGAUCCCCACUAUCUUUCCAGUUGUUAAUAAUGGACAGUUCUUAACCAAAUUUUAGUAUUUUCUGAAAUCUCGUUGGCCGUUUUAUCUGCUUGA